AUGUCUUUGUGCACUUGGAAAUAUCCUUUCUGCAAAUUGGGCUUUGUGAAUACCCAUAGAACCCUGUAUAGGACAAGGUUGAAUGUUGGUCUAGCUUUAAGUCCAUCCCCAGUGCUCUUACACACAGAUGGAAGUGGCAAGUUUCAAGAGUAUAAGAAGGGUUCUGGUUCAAAUACAGUUGGUAUAAUAGGAGGGUUAUCUGUUAAUUCUACUCUUAAUUUUUUGAGAAACCUUGUUAACUGGAGUUCAAGAGAUGGAGAAAGUUGUCCUCCUUUUGUUCUUUGCUCUGAUCCUGCGUUGAAUAAGGAGCUGUUAUUGAUUGAGAGACCUUCUUUUCCUUCUGUUAGCCGUAAAAAUGAAGGUACAGAAUUGGAUCCUACUCUGAUUGUGGAGAAUUUGAGGAAGGGAUGUUCUGUUCCUUUCCUUCACAUGGGUGAGUGUGUUGCCAGGGAACUCAAGGAAGCAAAGUUGAAGCCACUUGAAGCUGGGAGUCCUUUGCAGAUUGGAGUGCUUGCAACCUAUGCAACUUUGAAAGCAGGAUUCUAUCAAGAGAAACUGCGGAAUGAGGGUUUUGAGGUUGUUCUGCCAGAUAAAGCAACCAUGGAACACACUGUAAUCCCUGCUUUGGAAGCCUUAAACAGAAAGGACACAGAAGGGGCACAGAAUCUCUUGAGGAUUGCAGUCCAGGUUCUUCUAGUGAGGGCUGCUAACGCUGUAAUUCUUGCCUCCGAUGAUCUGCAGGAUCUUCUUCCCCCGGAUGAUCCUCUUCUUAAAAAAUGCAUUGACCCUAUGGAUGCAUUGGCCUGGUCAACCAUAAAAUGGGCUCAAUCUGCUAAAGAAGGUACAUAA